CAAAAUUUUAUAUAUUCCGUCGGCUCCUUCUCCCCAAUGAUUCAUUUCUCAACCACAUCAAAGCAAGCCUUUGUACAUUCAAGUUCUAUCAUUCUCUUCUCGCUCUAUCACACUCUCUUUUUUGCUUUACGCAUCUUACAUUCAUUCAGCUGGUCUAACAUCUCAAAUUCUUUUGUGAACUUUUUUAUCACUCGAUUAUCAAACUACCUCACUUUUCCCCCCCCCAAUUCAAAAAAUAUCAAUCAAGAUGUCUUUCUCUAAGCUCACCGCUUUCGCCAGUAUGGUCGCCGCAGUUUCCGCUCACGGAUAUGUUUCCGGUAUUGUAGCUGGUGGAACCUACUACACUGGAUGGCUCGUUAGCAACGCAUACCAAACCCCACAACCUGAAUCCAUCGGUUGGGCUGACACCAAUCUUGAUCUCGGUUUCACAUCACCAUCUGCUUAUACCACUGGUGAUAUCAUCUGUGCUAAAGAAGCUACCAACGCUGCUCUCUCAGCUAAAGUUGCCGCUGGUGACAGCGUUGACUUCCAAUGGACUGUCUGGCCUAAUUCGCAUCACGGUCCAGUCAUCACCUACCUUGCCAACUGCAAUGGAGACUGUGCUACCGUUGACAAGACUACUCUUAAAUUCUUCAAGAUUGACGAAGCUGGCUUGAUAGACGACACCACCGUUCCCGGAACCUGGGCUUCCGACAAAAUGAUUGCCAACAACAACACCUGGACCACUACCAUCCCAGCCGAUCUCGCUCCUGGAAACUACGUCGCUCGUCAUGAGAUUAUCGCUCUCCACAGUGCCGGUUCCGCGGAUGGUGCUCAAAACUACCCUCAAUGUAUCAACUUCGAGGUCAGUGGUUCCGGUACCCUGGCUCCUGCAGGAACUCUCGGUGAGGCUCUCUACACUCCUACCGACCCAGGUAUCUUGGUCAACAUUUACUCUCCCCUCACCUACACUAUUCCCGGCCCAGCUAUGUACAACGCUUCCGGAGCCGCCACCGGAGCCGCAUCCGGAGUGGCAUCCGCUACCUCCGCCGCCGCUAGCGUUGCUACUUCCGCCGCUUCUGUUGCCACCAGUGCCGCCGCUAGCUCUAUGACUUCUGCCGCCGCUUCCACCGUUUCCUCCGUUGCCAUUUCAAGCGCAGCCGGUGCCAUUAUCUCCACAACCGCUGCUCCAACCACGAUGAUCACAUCCGUUGCUCCAGCCGCUACCUCCGCCGCUGCUUCUGAUGCUGGUGAGACAUGUGACGCAUAAGCGUUUUGGCCCGCUGCUCAAAACCACGGGAGAUUGAUUUGGAUGGAUAAAUGAGAGUUUGGUUUUCAAUGUAAAUAUACUUUUUUUUUUUUUUGAAUAGAAGACUCUUUUUGUAGUCUUUCUAUUACACAUACAAACUAGCGUUUAGGAAUGAUAGAAGUUUCAAACCCCCAAAAA